AUGGCGGAGCCAGGCGCCCCUGCACCAGCGCCUCCACCUCACGCCUGGUCCCAGCCGGCUCUGGGCCGGGACCCCGCUGUCCCCAGCGACCGGGGGCGGACGUGUCUCGUAGGCCUGCGGAAACCUGGGAAACGCCUCUUAGUUCGCCCCUCGCUGCCGGUCGCCGCGCAGGAGCGGCGCUGGGGGCACGGCGCCCGCGGCCCGGGGCUGGCAGAAACCCGCGAGCCAACGCGUCUCCUUUGGUACUGUGCCGGUCUCCCUCUCGCUUGGGGCUGGCAGCAGCCGCCGGCUGCAAAUGCAGCUGCUGUCUCCCACAGUCAAAUCACCCGCUUGUACAGUCGCUUCACCAGCCUAGACAAAGGAGAAAAUGGCACUCUUAGCCGUGAAGACUUCCAGCGGAUUCCAGAGCUUGCCAUCAAUCCACUGGGAGACAGAAUUAUCAAUGCCUUCUUUCCAGAAGGAGAGGACCAGGUGAAUUUCCGUGGAUUCAUGAGGACACUAGCCCACUUCCGACCCAUAGAAGAUAACGAAAAAAGCAAAGACCAGAAUGGACCAGAACCACUGAACAGCCGAAGUAACAAGCUCCACUUUGCUUUUCGGUUAUAUGAUCUAGAUAAAGAUGACAAGAUUUCCAGGGAUGAGCUUCUUCAGGUAUUACGGAUGAUGGUUGGUGUAAACAUUUCAGAUGAGCAGCUGGGCAGCAUUGCUGACAGGACAAUCCAGGAAGCUGAUCAGGAUGGGGAUAGUGCCAUCUCCUUUGCAGAGUUUGUAAAGGUUUUGGAGAAGGUGGAUGUAGAGCAGAAAAUGAGCAUUCGAUUUCUUCACUGAUGGAUGGAGAACCUUUCUACCCCUACUAUAUAAUGAAUAGAACUUCACUUUCUCCUUAGCACCUUCCCCCAGAGCAUUGCUACUGGUGCAUAUACAAUACAUCUCCAACCCCUCCCUGAUUUGUUCUACUAAUGUGAACAUUCCCUGUGCAUCAGGAACAAAGGGAAAUGGCUGCCAUGCAACUUGGAAAGGAGCUUUUUUUUUUUAAUCUUUCCCUUCCAUUUUUUUACCCUUUCUCCCUUGUCUCCUUCUGCACUACUGUUUCAGCAAAAAUGUCUUUCCUUAUGUACUGCUGUUUAAUCUACAAACUGAUUCUUCUGAGCUCUGAAUCUGAGAAUGCGAAAAUGGGAACGUGCCACAGAAGCACCCUCUGAAACACUUUGGAGACAAGCAUCUACUGAAAUAAUAGGUGCAGUGAUAAUGAUUCACUUUUGCUUCCAGUAGCACCACCACACUACAGCUGCCUUUCCCCCCCCCCAUUUGGCUCUUUACCUGCAGAUUUGUUUCUUCCCUGCUUCCAAAUCUGCCUUUUACUUGAGGACUUCAAUUUCUAUGGCUUCAUUGUACAACUAGCACUGAAUGCAUGAUGAUAACCUACAGUACUUUAAAGUACUGUGAAUAGAUUUUAUUCUUUGUGGGAUGAAUUUGCAGGGACAAUAGGAGAAUCUGUGGUGGAGACAGGCUGUGGUGUCCUCAAAAGGAACAGGAAUUCUGCACUAAGUCACUUAAAUUGUUCCAGUAGCAGAUGCAGAAACUUGUUUCUUUCCUUUGAGUAGCUUAAAGAAUUGACAGCCAGUGGACCAUGAAGUGCCCUCUCCAGGUUGCUUUGCUCUAGGAUCCCUCCACUCAUCAAGGUGGUUUUGUCUCUGAAAAGUGUAAACUUGUUUACCAGUGUACAUAAUGCAAGAAAACCAGUCAUGCCAAAAUCUGGAUUUGUAGUUCUGUCACUGCUCCCUGGUGAUAGUGUCAUGAAACGUAGUACUGAUUUCGCCCCCCUCCCCCAUCAUAGUGGCCUGGAUAAUCAGUAAUUAUUUACAUUUUCCAGUAUGGAAGUCCUGGUCUGUUAGAUUUGUGUUGAGGGUGGUAGCUGUAUUUAUGAAAGCUCUGGCAUAAGAAUAUAAUUUGGGGAAGUACAUAUUAUCCCAAGUACUUCAGAAUAUAUUUCUACACAAAUCUCUUCACAAGUGUAAGAUGAUUAAUACCAUUACUAUAAUGCUGAUAAAUUCAAGAGAUCAAAAUUACUGAGGGUUCAAUAGUAACAUAACUUUCUGUGGCUA